AUGGAGCUGCAGUGCCCGCCUGACGCGUUGCGCUCCGCAGCCCCGGGGCCGUUCGGCAGCGCACGCGAUGCACACGGUGCGUCCACGUGUAGCAGCAGCCGCGCGGGGCUGCGUGGGUGCGCGGCGGCUUCGUCGGCGGAGGGCGACCCACCGGCGCGCAACGGCGUCGUGUGGGAGCUCGCCGUGUCGGGGUCAGCGGUCGGCAUCGCCACGACGUGCACGACCCCGAUCGACGUGGUCAAGACGCACAUGCAGCUGCGGCCCGCGUACCAGCCCGGGUCCGGACAGCCGCGUCCGCCAGGGAUACUCGGCACCGCCGCCGCGCUGGUGCGGUCGGACGGCCCCGCGGCGCUGACGUACGGCCUCACACCGGCCCUCCUGCGCGCCGUCACGUACGGCGGCGUGCGGCUCGGCCUGUACAAGCCCCUCAAGGAACUCAUGGUCCCUGCGGCCGGCCCCGGGCCCACGGACCACGAUCCGUCGAAAACGUCCACCGGCGACGUCCCCGUCGCCGGCAAACUCGCAGCGGCGACCCUCAGCGGCGCCCUGGCGGGCGGCGCCUCGAGCCCGAUGGAUCUCGUGAAAGUGCGCAUGCAGGCCGGCGGCGCGCGCGAGGGCGUCGCGGGCGUCCUGCGGACCCUCGUGCAAGCUGACGGCGUGGGGGGACUCUGGAAGGGGUCCGGGCCGUCGAUGGCGCGCGCCGCAAUCCUCACCGCGUCCCAGCUCGUCACGUACGAGGAGGUGAAGCGCGGCGUGCGGUCCGCGACGGGCUGGCAGGAGGGGUUUGGCGUCCAGGUGGCGGCGAGCAUGGCGACGGGGCUGGUAACGACGACGGCGACGGCGCCGGUGGACGUGGUGAAGACGCGGAUGUUCGUCGGCGGGCGCCGCGGCGCGGGGCCGCUGGAGUCGGCGCUGGGGAUCCUACGGGCGGAGGGCCCGCGGGGGCUGCUGCGGGGCUGGGCGGCGAGCUACGUCAGGCUCGGGCCGCAGACCGCGAUCACGUUCCUGGCCGCAGAGCAGCUGCGGCGCCUCGCCGGCAUGGAACACAUCUGA